UUGUCUCUCUCACCACGCGCACAGGCACGAACACGACCUUGCCCUUGUUCGUUCCCCUCCUGCGGUCGAGUCGUCGCCUGCUGCCGUCCCGGCCGAUGCCGGCCGAAUCCGCCGUCGCUGCUCGCCGGUUCCGCUCCAUCCCUCUCUCCUCCGUUGUUUCCCUGCUGGCGCUAUGCACGAACUCGCCCGCGCUCGCGGCCACGCGAAACCCUAGCCGGCCUUGGUUCGGCUCGCCGCCGGCGCGAUUCCGCGCCGCUGCGCCUCCGACUGGUUCCUCCUCGUCGACCUCUGCUCUCACCUCGAGCCCCAGCUCGAUCUUGCCGUCUCGGCCUCCUCGAUGCUGUGGUGGUUCGACGGUGUGGUGUGGUGGUGCUUCUGCUCCGACCUGGGCUGGCCGACGGUUUGGUGGUAGGCUCGGCAGACCCCUCCUCUUCGUCUACCUGGACUACUUCAUCGGUUACAGACAACUACGCCUACAGUUUGUUAAGUUCAGGCCUUUUCCUCCUUACUGCUGGAUCUGCUUCCCGUUGAUCUAAAUAUACAUGGUUAGUUGUGGGGUUUAUUCUCUAGGCGCAUCUAUAUAUUCUUUGCAGUUCUUGAUGAACUGAUUGAUGAGCUGCCACUGUUGGGACAUGUGCUUGUACUAGGAGAGCUGUUAGAACUGCUUUUUCUGUUGGAAUGGAUAUAGGGUUCGGCUGGGAAAGUUGUGUGUGCUAGAAAGGCUGCUGGCGCAGAUGGGGUGCUGUUUAUAUACAGUUGGGCUGCUGCUGUGGUGUCGACAACACAUGCCCUGUAUUCUGUGACUGUGCUGCUUGCAGGUGGUCCCCUUUCCAUGUGUAUGUUAACAAGUUGGUUUGCUUCUCCUCCUAGUGCAAGCAACGGCUGAGUGAUCUUUAUCCCUUGUUAGACCAUUCUUUUAUGUGCUGCCAAGUGGUUAAUCUUUAUUGGCUAAUAUUAUGUGAGCUAAAU